UGAUGUCACGGGCUUCUAAAGCUUUGAUCCUUUGAAGCUUUGAUCCUCAAAAUCCUUAAAUAGGGGUGAGGAUGUACAACUUUUAGUCCGUUACUUGCAGCACUUAUGUCAGCAGCGUUCAAACAUUCACCAGUAAAGCAUUUCGAAACCUUUGGAUCCUUUUCGUAGUCACGGUAAACAACUCCAACAUGUCUCCGAAAAAGCAAGAAAGACAAGAAGCUGACCCCAGCUCUAUUCCAUGGUAUGAGUCCCUAGACCCUUAUAUGAGCUCUCUACCUUGGAUGAACAGGUAGAAUUAGAGGAACAGCGAUUGGAAGAAAUGCAGAAUGAAAAUCUCAUGAACAGAGAGAAGAUUAAGAUCCUGACGGAAGAAAAUGAGAGAAAGAGCGCUGAAUUAGAAAAAUUAUCCUACCAGCUUCAAGAAAAAGAAGGUAUUGAGGAGAAACAAUGGGCUCUCCAAGAUAAGAAGAAUCAGGUGCUCCAAGAAAAGAUGGAUGAAGCUCUGGAAAAAAUUAAAGAUCUGCUCCAAAAGGAGAAAAAAGAGAGCAUAAAACAGGAAACCAUGGUCAGGAAGAAUCAGGAGCUCCAAGAAGAGCUUGAUGAAGCUCUGGAGAAACUUAGAGAAAUCCACCAAGAAGAGAAACAACAGGCCGAGCAGAGAGACAUGCAGCGCAAACUCCAAGCCAUGGAGGAAAAAUACAAAGCGCUGCAGGUAAAGCAUGACAAAACUCUGCACAAAAAUCAACAGUUGCUUCAAGACAAGAAGCAAAUGGAAAUGAAACAGAAGGAAAUGGACUCCAAGCAUGACGAGAUGGAGGAAAAACACAGACUGCUCCAAAUCAAGCUUGAGAAAACAGUGCACAGAAAUAAAGAGUUCAUUGAAGAGAGAGAGCAACAAGAAAUCCUCGAGAAAGAAACGGACUCCAAGUUUGAAGUCUUGGAAGAAAAACUGAAAAUGCUGCAAAUAACUCUUGAGGAAACACUGCUCAAAAAUACAGAGAUGCUUCACGAGAAUGACCAACAAAAAAUACAAAAGGAAGAAAUGGAUUGCAAGCUGAGGAACAUCGAGAAACAAAAUGAAGGCUUGCAAGUUAUGCUUGAUGAAGCUCUGGAGAGAAAUAAAGAGAUUCUCCAAGACAAGAAACAAGAGCCCGAAGAGCAGAGAGACCUGCAGAGCAAACUCCAAGCCAUGGAGGAAAAAUGCAAAGCUCUGCAGGUGAAACAUGAUAAAACUCUGCACAAAAAUCAACAGUUGCUUCAAGACAAGAAGCAAAUGGAAAUGAAGCAGAAGGAAAUGGACUCCAAGCUUGACGAGAUGGAGGAAAAACACAGACUGCUCCAAAUCAAGCUUGAGAAAACAGUGCACAGAAAUAAAGAGUUCAUUGAAGAGAGAGAGCAACAAGAAAUCCUCGAGAAAGAAACGGACUCCAAGUUUGAAGUCUUGGAAGAAAAACUGAAAAUGCUGCAAGUAACUCUUGAGGAAACACUGCUCAAAAAUACAGAGAUGCUUCACGAGAAUGACCAACAAAAAAUACAAAAGGAAGAAAUGGAUUGCAGGCUGAGGAACAUCGAGAAACAAAAUAGAGGCUUGCAAGUAAUGCUUUAUGAAGCUCUGGAAAGGAAUAAAAAGUUCCUUUACGAGAAAGACCAAUGGAAAAUACAUCAGCAAGAAAUGGAUUGCAAGCUGAGGCACAUCGAGAAACAAAAUAGAGGCUUGCAAGUAAUGCUUGAUGAAGCUCUGGAAAGAAAUAAAGAGUUGCUUCACGACAAAGACCAACAGAAAAUACAUCAGCAAGAAAUGGAGUGCAAGCUGAGGAACAUCGAGAAACAAAAUGAAGGCUUGCAAGUUAUGCUUGAUGAAGCUCUGGAGAGAAAUAAAGAGAUUCUCCAAGACAAGAAACAAGAGCCCGAAGAGCAGAGAGACCUGCAGAGCAAACUCCAAGCCAUGGAGGAAAAAUGCAAAGCUCUGCAGGUGAAACAUGAUAAAACUCUGCACAAAAAUCGACAGUUGCUUCAAGACAAGAAGCAAAUGGAAAUGAAGCAGAAGGAAAUGGACUCCAAGCUUGACGAGAUGGAGGAAAAACACAGACUGCUCCAAAUCAAGCUCGAUAAAAAAGUGCACAGAAAUAAGGAGUUCAUUGAAGAGAGAGAGCAACAAGAAAUGCUCGAGAAAGAAACGGACCGCAAGUUAGAAGUCUUGGAGGAAAAAUGCAAAAUGCUCCAAAUAACUCUUGAGGAACACUCCUCAAAAAUAAAGAGCUGCUUCAAGAAAAAGACCAACAGAAAAUACAACAGGAAGAAGAAAAUUUUAUUCUCCUGA